UUGCCGCGACAUUCCUCGUUGGCUAUUAUACUUAUAAAUGGAUAAUUUAUCCAUUAUAUUUAUCUCCUUUAUCUAAAAUUCCUGGUCCUCGUCCUGACCAUUUUCUGUUGGGAAAUUUCUUGGAAAUUGUUAAACCUAAAGGCGGGGUUCAUUGGGCAGAAAAAUAUGGCAAUAUAUAUAGGUGUCAUGGAUUAUUCAAUAGGCCAUUAGUUUUCGUUCUCGACGAAAAAAAUAUUCAAAAAGUACUUCUUAGUGGUACAUAUACUAAAUUUGGUAUAAGAAAGGAAUUUGUAGUAAUUUUAACGAAGAUUGUUGGAAAUGGUAUUUUGGCAGUAGAUGGUGACAUACACAAGAAACAACGUAGAUUAAUGGGUCCAUUAUUCAAUAAUCAUAGUAUUAAGGAUAUGAUUCCAGCAUUUACAAAGGUUACUAAUACAUUGAAAGAUAUAUGGAAAGAUGAAAUAAAGAAUAGUCAAAAUGUUAAUAAUGAUAUUGAUAAAAAAAGUGCAAUAUUUGAUAUUGGUAAUUAUAUGGGAAGAUUAUCUUUGGAUAUUAUUGGCAUAGUUGGAUUUGAUUCUGAAAUAAAUUCUUUGAUAGAAUCAUCAACACUUGUUGACUCAUUAACCACUCUUUUUGGUAACAAAUAUGUGUAUGCAUUUAAUUUAUUAUCAUAUGCUUUACCCAUAUUGAAAUCACUGCCAUUAAAAAUAAAUCGAGAUACUCGGAAUGCUUCAAUUGAAAUUGAAAAAAUUACAAGGAAAUUGGUUCAAGAUAAAUUUGAUGAAUUGAAAAAAGGUAAAUUGGAUAGCAACGAUAUGAUAAGUGGUUUGUUGAAAGCUAAUUAUGGACUGACAGAUAAAAAUGAACAAAUGGGUUUUGAAGAAAUAAGAAAUCAGAUUAUGACAUUUUUGAUAGCAGGACAUGAGUCAACUGGUGUUACAAUGGCUUGGGCAUUGUAUUAUAUGUCCAAAGAUCAAGAAAUUCAAGAUAAACUCAGAGAAGAGAUUGUUAAAGAAUUUCCUGAUAAAGAUUUUGUGCCAAAUUUUGAGCAAAUCAAUUCCAUGGAAUAUUUAAAUGCAGUUUGCAAAGAAACUCUUAGAAUUUCCCCUCCAGCAAAGGAAGAUGUCAUUCUUGAUGGGUAUCUUAUUCCAAAGGACACAACAAUUUAUAUACCAAUUUAUCAAAUUCACCAUUCGUCAUCAAUUUGGGGUGAUGAUGUUGAAAAAUUUAAUCCAUCACGUUGGUUUACAGAAAAAGUUAAAGGUUUUUCUCAAUACAAGCAUCUGCCAUUUUCAGCUGGGCAAAGAACAUGUAUGGGUAAUAGGCUUGCAUUAAAUGAAAUAAAAGUUGCCUUGUGCAUUUUAUUAAGAAACUUCCAGUUCCAUGAAGUUGAAGGUUUCAAAGUUACAACUAAAGCAAAUCUUAUUCUUAGACCCGAUCCUACUGUGAAGUUGUGGGUCAGUGAAAUUGAUUAUUAA